GUGGUUUGCCAGUGCAUGAUUCAUACUCGAAACGAAGCUCCUCAGCUUUAACAAUAAAAUAAGCAGCCCUUCUCGAGGCAGAAACAUCUUCCUCCCUCAAUUCUUUGUAGCUUUCAAGCACCUAGCUUGAUCAAGUGGUUUCAGAAACCACCAAAACCAACAGAAGCACCAACCUAAUUCCUAAAGGUUCAGCCAAUUGAAUUGCUUGCUCGGUGGAUAAGCACCACUCAUAGCAGACAGUUCAAAUAAAUGGCGAGAUUAUGGAUUUGACAAAUGAGGAUUUUGAUGUAUGAUUGUCAAACCUUGUAUUUCUUUUGUUACUCCAAAUAGAACCAUGUAAAGUUAUUGUGACUUGAGGCCAGAAAAGGACGAGGCAAAAGAUGAAAGUGGGGAAUCCUAAGCUUGACAAGGGCAACAGUAAAGAUGACAUAAGCAAUGUACCCGAGAGCACCAAGCAUCACUUGGUGGGGUCACUAAAUUGAGAUAAGACUACAUAAAAAAAGGAGCUUUGCCAAUCUCACUUCCCAUACAGUCCCGAUACCUCUCGCCACUGAAUUCCUCACUCCCUCCCUCUUUGAUCUAACACUUUAAAGAGUCGAUCACAACCAAUCCACAAACCCUCUCUAUACAUUCCAUUUGCUUUAACACAGUCACCAAAUUUGAAAUUUGUGGAGACAUGAUCUUUCAGGGUGAAGCAACUGAAGGAAUACCAGACAGACGGCAAGGUGACCAAAUAAUCAGCAGCGACAAUAACAACGAGGGUACUGAAUAUGAUAAUCCAGGCGAGUGGCUGAACCUGAGCCUAGGCAGGAAUUUGCUCUCAACACCUGGAGACUCUGAUCCACAACAAAGGCCUGCUUCUACCAAGGUUUUCUCGUGCAACUUCUGCAUGAGGAAGUUUUUUAGUUCACAAGCAUUAGGAGGUCAUCAAAAUGCCCACAAGAGGGAAAGAGGUGCAGCCAAAAGAUACCAGUCUCAUAGGAUGAUGGCAAUGAUGGGAUUACCCAUUAACACUUCCAUGGCUCGAUCACUUGGCGUCCGGCCCCAUUCACUUGUGCACAAGCCAAGUAGGGAGUUGUCAGCAAUUGUUGCAAGAUUUACGGAUGCCAAAACAGGGUUUGGAAUGGCAAGGAUGCCCUUCACGAUGGAAGAUCCAACAGAUUUGAUGUGGCCAGGCAGCUUUCGCAUGAAUCCAAAACCGUCAGAGCCACCGUCAGAACCACACAAGCUAGACUUAAAUCUGCGGCUCUGACCCAUGCAUCCUUCAGCCUCAGUUCAGAAUUAGUUUUCCACUCUUUCUAUUGGAACAGACUUUGAUUUCUCCACCCAUCAAGUAUAGCAACUAACCAAGGUAGGAUCUGGAGUUUUAAUAUUUGAAAUGCUGGAUGGUGUUUCUGCUAAUGAAACUAGACGAAAUACAAUAUAUUUCCUUUGUAUUUCCACCAGUUAUGCGCGUUGGAGUAAAAGCAAAGUUGAGACCCAACCCUGCUUUUCAGUUAUCCUGAUUUUGAUGCUUGAAAUAAAUCCCGGUGCAUUACACACGUCA